GGGGUGUAGAACGAGGAAGUGUUCUGUAUACAGAUCAUCCAUCCAGGAGCCAAACCCACAUAUACAUUGUAUACACUGCAGUGACGUGAUGGCUUUAGCUGGCAUUAAGGUGUUGGAGUUGGCAGGACUGGCCCCUGCGCCCUUCUGUGGAAUGAUACUCGCUGAUUUUGGGGCCAAAGUGAUCCGGGUGGAUAGAGCCAAAAGUGCGGUUGCAAGUGACACUAUGGCACGUGGUAAAAGGUCUAUAGCGUUGGAUCUCAAGAGCCCGGGAGGAGUCAGUGUGCUGAAGAAGUUGUGUAAACAGUCAGAUGUCCUUAUUGAGCCAUUCCGCCAUGGCGUGAUGGAAAGUCUGGGGCUCGGUCCAGAUGUCAUACUUAAAGAAAAUCCACAGCUCAUUUAUGCACGGUUGACUGGAUAUGGGCAAUCUGGAACGUAUGCCAAGGCAGCAGGUCACGAUAUUAACUACGUCUCUCUCUCAGGUAUGUUGUCGAAACUAGGAAAGAAGCAAGAGGCACCAACCUUCCCCCUCAAUCUCCUGGCAGACUUUGCAGGCGGUAGCUACAUAUGUGCACUGGGCAUUGUCCUGUCUCUCUUCGAACGCAGUAGAUCAGGACAAGGACAAGUCAUUGAUUCAAGUAUGGUGGAAGGUGCUGCCUACCUGGGGUCUUUUGUCUAUAAGACACAGAAUAUGGGUUUAUGGAGCCGACCAAGAGGCGAGAACAUGCUGGACGGUGGAGCUCCAUUCUACAGCACCUAUGUGACCUCUGAUGGCAAAUACAUGGCCGUAGGUGCUAUUGAACCACAGUUUUAUAAAGAGCUUUUAAAAGGCCUUGACAUUGACGACUCUGACCUCCCAAGCCAGAUGGACUUGAACGAUUGGCCCAAGCUGAAGAAGAUAUUUACUGAAAGAUUCCUGGAAAAGACACAAGCACAGUGGUGUCAGGUGUUUGAUGGCACCGACGCUUGCGUGACACCCAUUCUGACCUUUGACAAUGUAGCGGAGCACCCACACAAUAAAGAACGAGGUUCUUUUGUCUGCAAUGAUGAAGGGGAACUGAGCCCAAGGCCAGCACCAGUCCUUACCAGAACACCCGCUGUUCCUGCAAGCGGCAGGGAUCCUUUCGUUGGAGAGCACACGUAUGAAAUACUUUCUGAAAAUGGCUUUUCCGCUAAAGAAAUUUCUGAUCUUCAGGCUUCCGGAGCUAUUGCCUGCAAUAAGCCAAAAUCGCAAUUAUAAUUUCACUUACAGAACUAGAAACUGAGGAAUAAUUUAAUUUAACAAUACUGCCAUUGCAUUAAA